AUGGUUCGCGCCAACCGACCCGCCAGUGCCUUCACCAUCGCUCAAAUCUCGGGCUUCUACUUUCGACCGUGCCGCAACGAGUACGACGAGGAGGUUUUCGAGUACUUCCGCACCCGUGUGGUGAAGCGCCAGUUGGCUUUUGCGAAUAAGAAAACUGAUUGA